ACUCUUUGUGGCUCUGGAGCUAAGAUUUCAAGAUGGCUGCGCCCACGGAGAGCAUCAAAGUUACUUUGGGGUUCGUUGAAAAAGUAGAAAAAUGCAGGCUUUCCAGGAAAUAUUUUCCAAGCAAAGUUGGUGGAAAGCCUGCCUGGCUAUCGAUAAAAGAUAUCCCAAAUUCUGACAGGCUCAAGUGUCCAAAGUGUGGUAAAGUGUGUAUUUUUCUGAUACAAGUUUACUGCCCAGUUGUGACAUUGGAAAGGUGUUUUCAUCGGACUUUAUUUAUUUUCGUAUGUAAAGCUCCGUCUUGUCAUUCUCAAGACACUGCAGCUUUCGUGGUUUUACGAAGCCAGCUCCCAAGAGCAAAUGAGUUUUACGAUUAUGAACCACCUGAUGAAGAUAAUCCUGUUGACGAAGCCGAAGGCCUUGUUGUUGGUCUGUGUGCAGUGUGCGGUUGUCAUGCAGGAAAUAAAUGCUCAAAAUGUCAAGUUCGUUACUGUAGCCGAGAGCAUCAGAAAGUCGAUUGGAAAGCGGGACAUAAAGCGAGCUGUGGAGUGAAAGGUUCUACAGGCAAUGGUGACAACAACAUCCUAUUUCCCGAGUUUGAAUUAGUGACAGAACCAGAGGACUAUGAUCAGCUGGAUGAGGAAGAAAACGGAGCAACAGAGCACCAGGAAACCAAAGAGACGACAGAGGUCGAUGAUGAGCUGGAUGUGGAAGAGUUGGAGAAGAUGGCCAUGGCUGAGAGUCAAGAUGACAGACAGUUUGCUAAGUUCAAGAAACGCAUCCAACAUGAGCCAGAUCAGGUGAUACGAUAUGAACGCGCGGGACAGCCACUUCUUAUAUCGAGAGAGAAACGACCUCAGAAAAGCCAGGUCCCACCCUGCGGCAACUGUGGCUCAGCAAGACAGUUCGAGUUUCAGGUUACACCUCAACUACUCAUUCAUCUCGGUGUUGACAGUCUGGAGAACAGCAUUGAUUGGGGCACCCUCAUCGUUUACACUUGCACCAACAGUUGUGAUGAAGGAGCACCUUAUAAGCCAGAAUUCUUGUGGAAGCAGGACAUUGUAGACACUACAAAGUAACCUGUGAUGUCAUCUCAUCCACCAACAUCGCGGCCCAAUUUCAUAGAGCUGCUUAAAGGCACUGGACACUACUGGUAAUUACUCAAAAUAAUCAUGAUAUAUAAACUUAUUUGAAUACGAGCAAUGAGCUGUUGAUAGUAUAAAACAUUGUGAGAAACGGCUCCCUCUGAAGUAAUGUAGUUUUUGAG